AUGGGCGCGACUCAGGAUUCAGAUUCGUCUAUUCGUGUGUACAGUGUUAUAGAGUAUAUUUUGGCAGGCGGUACAGAUAGGCCGAAGCUACCUACCGUCACGGUUGUCACUGAUGUAGAGGCCGGAGUUGGCGGCAUCCGUCGUGCAGCCGAAGGCAUGAUGAGCUUGGAAAAGCUAGUUCUGAAGCAUCCUUUGAACUUGAUAGAUAUGGCUUCCAAGAUCAAGGUCAUCCAGACCAAUGAAGGUGCAAACUCUAGCUACGAUAAAAUCCCCACGCCAUAUUUCAUUUAG